AUGGGUGUUUCGAUUGAAACAGCCCAGCGAUGGGAACAAAAUCAUAAAUACCAGAUCCCAGUGGUGUUCGCUUUCCCACUGGCAUCCCGCAAAGUUGUUGACCACUACUUCGCCACGGCCCGCACCAAGGACUGGGACACGAGGCUGAAGGAAUAUUGGGCUCUGCAGGAUUAUAAGCUCCGAGAUACAGAAUAUCACGGGAAUGACCAGCGGACAGAAUUCAGCGACAGCAAUCCCAAUAUCGAUCUUGCUGCUGACCUCGAUACUUUGUCUCAAGUGCCUGAACAAGCCGAGGAAGAGAACCUGAGAUCACAUCAGCUUCGCAGCACGGUCGAGAUAUGCAGGCGGACGCGGCGUGAUGAGUUCCAUGGUUUCAUGGACCUCCCUUCCGAGAUCCGCGACAUGAUCUACAGCUACGCCCUUCACAAAGGCAGAGUCAUCAUACCGAACAGCGGGCCCUUCACGAGAGAUCUAGAGCCCGUGAAGUACUACAAAAACGACGAUGGGUUCUAUUAUAUGCGCUACCGCGGUCUCGAGCACGAACUCGCCGCAAUGGAGAACGGCCGCCGCGCGCCAAGGCCACUCGGGCUGGUGCAAGGGGUGAGCCGCGCAGUCCAGGACGAGGCCGCGCGGAUCUACUUCGACAGGAACCACUUCAUCUUCCCAGCGGGCAGCUUCCUGCGGCCCAUAUGGUGCAACCUGCGCGACGGCUUCGAGAGGUCGACCGAGGACGACUUCUGGCGCGACGCGAGGAACCACACCAACAUCGCGCCGCUGCUCCGCGACGUGAGCUACGCGUUCGACAUGCGCGACUACCCGACCGACGACUUCGCGAACCUGUACCGGAACUUUCGCAUCCGGGAUUCCAUCAGGUCGCGUGCGGUCUCGCCCGGGGAGGCGCUGCGGGCGCUCCAUGACCAGAAGACCCUCAGCCUGGAGAUCGAGUGGACGGAGCGCAUCGACAGCAUCAAGCGCAUGACUCUGGACCGCCUGCUGCUGGCUUUUGAUGAGUGUUACUGCGCCGUCGGGUGCUGCCGCAAGGUCGAAUGGGUGUUGGAUCGUUUUUUACAUGAGGGUCCGCCACCUGGGACGGGUGACACUGCGGAUAAUGCCUACUCUUCGAUCGACUGGAGAGAGCGCCCGCCCUUGGUUGUUGAAGUCAUUGGUCUUGUGAACGAUUGGGAGAAGCAGAUGGCACAGGAAAAGCUGACUGUGUUCCAAGGCUCAGAGGUCUGCUUCAACACGACUGUCGCCCCCGAGUUUGAGUUUAUGUCCGGGGCGGGCCUUGUUGACUACAUUAACUUUUUGCAAGGGGAUUUCUCGCCUGCGAUAUAUGACUGA